ACCGGCACUCUGCCCGUGUAUUUUUUCUUUGUCAGUAAACUGUCACAUCGUUCACAUUGUCGCUUUAUUAAUUUAACAUUAAUACUACUUAAUGCGAGUCGCUAUAGGCAUGGCACGCUGAUCGUACCUGCCUCUUAAGUGCGUGCGCAUUUUUUCAUACGCGUUUUCCCGUCUUUCACGACUACUGUUUUCGUCAUUUAAAACUAUCUACAAAUAUUUGUGUUUUAAAGUAAGCAGUCAAUACCUAACAACACGUGUAGUGUGCAUUGCCGUGCCGCCGCUUGAAGGAUGGUACCUGCAGACAAGUAAAGAACGAUCAAUUAUGGAGCACAAAUAUCAAAGCAAAUACGGUCAUCCGUACAAAAAUUAUAACUCUGGGAGUAGACAUGGCACGCAAAGAGUGGACAGUGUCAAUUAUCAAAACAUUCAAAGCCGGCAAGAACAGCUAGGAAGAAAACAUUUUGGAUUCAAGCAUCUAGAAGAGUUGAGUGAUAAAGAGCCGUCAGAUAUUGUGUUUGUGGUAUGUAAUCAAUCCAACGGUUUCAUAGAUUUAUUUAAUCAAAACAAAGAUCCAGAUUGGUUAUUCUUGCUUAUGAAAAUCACUGCGAAGAUUUGUUACACCGAGUUUUUGGUAAGCAAGCAGUCCAUAUUAACUGAAAUAUGUUGGAACUCAGUAUUUAUUGAGCAUUUGAAGUCGUACAUUCUCACUACUCCCACUGAAGUAAACAAAAACAGACAGUCAAACUUAGAAGCGUUCUUUGAAAAUUGUUUAAUAGUCUGCCAGUCUAUUGCGGAUUUAUUUUUGAAAACUGCUGCUGAACGUUUAAACAGCUUAAUUAUUUGUAUGAGAAUGGCUCUAUCAGACAUAAAAAACAACUGUCUUGAUCUUAAAAUAAAUGACAUCAUGUUAUUGGAUAAAAUAGCAAAAAUAUUACAACAAUUUACAAACCUAAAAUCGAACGACGGAACAAAAAAUGACAAUAAAAAUGAACUUCAAAACGCUACACCACCAGAGGAUUUUCGAGUACUGUCCGUUUAUCCUACACCAUUUGAUAUGGAUUACCAAAGACCUUUUUUACGUUCUAACAUUACAAAAGGAGCUUAUCAGAGUGUAGAACAUUAUUUAGACGUACAGUUUCGUCUUUUACGUGAAGAUUUUAUUGCACCUCUUCGCGAAGGGAUUAAGUGUUUUAAAGAAAAUAAUAAAAAUCGUAGCGAUAGACCGAAAAGAAUUAAUAAUAUUCGCAUAUAUCGAAAUGUAAAAUUCAACGAAGAAAAAGUAUUUGUACAAGAUAAAUUGGGAUAUUUAAUAAAUUUCAAUAAAAACAAUAAAUUGAAAAUUAACUGGGAUAUUUCUAAACGUUUAAUGUAUGGAUCGUUAUUGUUAUUUACUGUGAAUGAAUUCAAUAAUUUUUUUAUUGGUAUUGUAUUGGGCCGUGAUAAAAGAUAUUUGGCAAAAGGUCAAUUAAUUGUAGAAUUAAUUAACGACGUACAUCCAGACAUCCUUACUUCAUCGUUUACCAUGGUCGAGAGCGAAGUGUAUUUUGAACCAUAUAAAUGUGCCAUGCAAGUUCUCCAGAACUUGAACGGUAAUAAUUUUCCGAUGGAAAAAUAUAUUAUUUCAGCCUGUAAUAAAGUCGAAAUUCCUAAUUACUUAAAAUCUUUACCAGUGAAAAUGUUCAAUUUCAAUGACGAGAAACCCUUUAAUGUUUUAAACGAAGGUGAAUGGCCAGUACGAGAAAAAUUUGGACUAGACGAAAUGCAGUAUGAAGCCUUCAAAGCAGCGUUAACUAAUGAAUUUACGGUCAUACAAGGUCCACCUGGCACUGGUAAAACAUUUAUUGGAUUGCUGAUAAUCGAAACAAUUAUUAAAAAUUUGUACCAAUUUCAUGUGUCAAAUAGAUUAAAAAAUCCAAUAAUAGUUGUAUGUUACACCAAUCACGCCUUAGAUCAAUUUAUGGAAGGUAUUAUAAAAUUCACAAACAAUGUUGUUAGAAUUGGUGGCCAGACGAAAUCAGAUGUAGUAAAAGACUAUACGUUGAAGAAUAUAACGAAAAACUAUAGGAAAUCGUCCGAUGUAUUUAAAACCAUUAGGAGUGUAACCGAUAUAAUUAAAACUAUAGAACACGAAAUAACAUAUCUUAAAAAUUGUAAGGAAUUCAUUUCGCAAAAUGCUGGUAUUUUAGAAUUAUCCCUAUUGAAAAAUGGAAUGCCAACAAUACAUACAAAUUUCUUUUCCAGCCCAAUUAAAUAUAUUUGUUGGCUAUUUUGUGAUGGUGAUUACUUUGAUUUUGACCCGAUUGACUUGAUUAUUGAACAUUGUCGCUCUGAAGAAACUUUAGCAGUUAAAAAUAUUAAUGAAACAGAAGAUGACAAUUUGCAUUAUGAAAAUGAUGAUCCGGACAUGGUUUUUGAACACCGCGAUAUUGUCAUUUACAGUCUUACUUUAAAAUCGGUAAAAGAUAUCUGUGAUAAAACUAUUAACAUGCUAAAUGAAUUAAAACCAAAAAGAAUGAAACGUCAGUAUAACGAUCGUUAUUAUUCUAAUAAUUAUAAUUUACACCACCAAGAAUUAGAAACCACUUGUUACAGAAUGGAAAAAAUACACAAUUAUAUUAACCAGAUGUUAAAAUUGUCUAGUUGUAAUAAUAUUGAUUCAAACUUCUGGAGGACUAUUCCGAAAGACCUUUUUAAACUAAAAAUGAGAGAUAGAUGGUUAUUAUAUUUUCACUGGGUGGAUACUGCUAAAGAUAUGUUUGAUCCCCAAAUACUAAGUCUCGAAAAAAAAUAUUAUCAUCAGCACAAACAAUAUUCUGAGUUGAAGGAAAUGGAAAAUAUUGAAAUCUUGAGAACAAAGUACAUUGUUGCGAUGACUACAACUGGAGCAUCUAAACAUAGAGUAUUGCUUGAAGGACUGCAGUCUCCGAUAAUGGUUGUUGAAGAAGCUGCUGAAGUGUUAGAAGCACACAUCAUCGCAUCUCUGACUAGACAUUGUCAACAUUUAAUACUUAUAGGUGAUCACAAACAGUUACGUCCAAGUACUGCAGUCUAUAAACUGUCAAGGGAAUUCCACUUCGAUGUUUCCUUGUUUGAACGUAUGGUCAACAGUGAUGUGCCAUACUACACAUUAAGAGAACAGCACAGAAUGCGACCAGAAGUGUCGUCCCUAAUAACGCCGGUUAUUUAUCCCAACCUGAUAAACCACAUUUCAGUACUCAACAGACCGCAUAUACGUGGUGUUACUAAAGACAUAUUUUUUCUCAACCAUACUAACUUUGAAACUGAGGUCGAGGAAAUAUCAAGCAAAAGCAAUGAUCACGAAGCGUCAUUUUUAAUUAUGUUUGCUAGGCAUUUAAUACUACAAGACUAUAGCCCCGAACAAGUCACGAUUUUGACUACCUAUAGCGGACAAAUGUUUAAACUACGUUCUUUACAAAAAAAAUAUUCAAAUUUGGAUGGUAUGAAAAUUCAAGUCGUUGACAACUAUCAAGGCGAAGAAAGUGAUAUUAUAUUGCUGUCGUUAGUUAGAAGUAAUGAAAGCGGUAAAGUGGGUUUUUUGAAAACCGAAAAUAGAAUAUGUGUUGCUCUAUCUAGAGCAAGGGAUGGUUUAUAUAUAAUGGGAAAUAUGGAAAACUUAUACAACUCGGGUAAUUUAUGGAAAGAAAUAAAACAAAAAUUAGUCGAUCAAGAUUCGUAUGGCGAUGAAUUAACUUUGAAAUGUGAAGUUCAUCGUGAUAUCAUGACAAAAGUUUCGAAAUGUGAAGAUUUUAAACCAAUUUCAGAGGGUGGUUGUACUAUGUUAUGCAAUGAUUUGAUGAAAUGUGGCCAUUACUGUUCAAGCAUAUGUCAUGUCUAUGAUCGUGAACAUAAAACAUUAAUAAUAUGCCAACACCCAUGUAAUAGGGCUUGUGAAAAUGAUCAUCCUUGUGAGAAAAAAUGCGCCGAAAACUGUGGAAAAUGUAUGGUAUCCAUGGUUAAGACACUACCGUGUGGUCAUCAAGCCUCAGUGCUUUGUAAUGUUGACCCUAAACAAUUCAAAUGCAUAGAGAAGGUCGAAUUACUGUUGGAAAAUUGUGGGCAUAAAACAAUUAAAAAGUGUUACGAGAAAAAACCCAAGUGUACAACUAAAUGCAUUGAUCGAUUACAAUGUGGACAUGCCUGUGUACUUGAUUGUCAUAAAGAUAAAGACCCGACACAUGAAAAAUAUACCUGCUCAAAACCAUGUUCAAAACUGAAUAAAAAUUGUUCUCAAGAUCACAAAUGUAAGAAAAAAUGUUACGAAAAAUGUUCAAAUUGUGAUAUAGUAGUUAACAAAGUACUGGAAUGCGGGCAUUUGAAAAAUCGUAUAAAUUGUAGCGAUGACAUAAAAAAUAUCCAGUGCUCAAAACGUUUCCCGUGUAAUCGAGUAUUAGAAUGUGGUCACAAGUGUCGGCUAAUGUGUUACGAGAAAUGCAAGGAAUGUAAAGUUAUGAUCACAAAAACACACCAGAAAUGCGGGCAUACUAGUUAUGUAGAAUGCCAAAUAAAUCCCGAAAGAAAUGUCAUCUGUCCCAAAAAAUGCACGCGUACAAUGAGUUGUGGACAUAAAUGCAAGUAUAUAUGUGGAAACGAUUGCGAUCCCAAAAAAUGUAAAAAACUGGUAUUGAAAGAGGGGAAGCUCGCGUGCGGUCACAGUAAAAUGUGGGUUUAUUGUUGCGAAGCGGAUAAAGAAUUUGAUGGUAGCAGUCAGUAUGUCCUCGACAAAUGCAAUGAACCUUGUUUGAAAAUGUUGUUAUGCGGUGAUUUGUGUUCAGGUACUUGCGGAAGAUGUAAACAAGGUCGACUGCACGUACCGUGCGAAGAAAUGUGUAACAAGAUCAAUCCUUGCAAUCACACAUGCAAUUAUCCGUGCAAAGAAGCGUGCCCUCCAUGCGAAAAAAAAUGUGCUUACUCUUGUACACAUUCUAAAUGUCCACUUGCAUGUAGUGCUCCGUGUGUACCAUGUCAGGAACCUUGUGUUUGGAAGUGUAAACAUUUUAAGUGUUCCAAAGUAUGCAGUGAUGAUUGUGAUCGGCCGCCUUGCUACAAUCCUUGUCCAAAGAAAUUGAAAUGCAAACACAAGUGCAUUGGAUUUUGUGGCGAAACGUGCCCUCCUCUUUGUCGUGUAUGCGAUGAGGCCGAAGUAACAAAUAUUAUAUUUGGUUAUGAAGACGAAACAGACGCAAGGUUCGUUUAUCUGGAAGACUGUAAGCACACGGUUGAGUCCAGAGGUCUAGAACAGUGGAUAAAUCAGAACAGCGAAGAGAUAGCAAUGAAACAGUGUCCUGUGUGCAAGAUGCCCAUCAUGAAAACCUUGAGGUUCAAGAACCACGUAAAAUCUGUGCAGAAGGACAUCUGCGAGAUCGUGACCAAACUCGUCGGCGACCGCGAUUGGUUGGCGUUCGACGAGAAGAAGGGGGCCCUCAAGCGGUCAGUGAUAAAAUUGAGCAGUUCCUUCAAGAACGUCGAGCAGACGAGUGCGCGGUUCGCGAACGUGAAAGAACUAUGGGCCCUCUCGUCGGGCCGACUGUUGCAGCGCAUGCGCAGAAUAACGUUGGGCGCCGAGGCCACCAUCGACAUCGACUCGUGGACGUCCGCCACCCGACUUGCAGGAUUGUUCUUCGCGUGCGAGAAGCGCAUCCGGAACUUGACCGACGGCGACGCGAAGGACGCGGUGGUCGACCACUUUGUCUGGCUGCUGACCACGACGGUCGUCCACGCGGGUCGUCUAUCCAGACAGCAGACGGCCGACGUCAACAUGGAGAUGAUCCGCGGCGCCCGGCUGGUGAGCCUGGCCGAGGUGAAGACCCGUCCCGAUUAUAUGCAGGUCGUCGCCGCCCAGGCUUCCGCCCCCCAGGCCUCCACGUCAUCGUCCGCGGCUCCAGAGAAGGUCGAUUUCUUGGUGACGGCCUUGGAGGCCUUGCUGACGGCCACUAAGCCGUACGACCAAGACACGGACAAUGAGGUGAAAAGACUCACCGGUCAGUUAAGGCCGGCCUUUAGGAACCUGCAGGAGGCCACGGCGGCCGAGCGGAAUAUGAUUCACAGGGCCAUGUCGGCGAGCUUUCACGGUCAAGGAAGGAAGCAAGGCCACUGGCUCAAGUGUGCCAACGGUCACAUCUACUGCGUGACCGAGUGCGGUGGACCGAUGGAGCAGACCAAGUGUCCGGUAUGCAAGGUGGACAUUGGCGGCGUCAAUCACAGAUACGUCAAGGGUACUACUGUGGCGACGGAGAUGGACGGCUCCACACAUGUAGCAUGGAGCGAGGCCAACAACAUGAACAAUUUUGUUUUGGACUGAACAAAUUUUUUUUCUUCAUAUUUUAAUACUUAAUCAUUAAACACAAGUUAUAUACUUUUAAAUAAAUGGUAAUUUUACC